AAGCUCAGAUGAAAAUCGAAAUUAAUAAACAAUAAUAUCCAUAAACAAACUAGCUUGUCAAAGUUCUAUUCAUAAUUAAACGUAUGAAACAAAGUAAUGCUGGAAAAUUUUCAUAUGGAGGUUGAACAUUGAAGUUGAGACGAAAUGUCGGAACUGAACCGAAGUCUGACUGAGAUGGAGUGGCUGCCUCGACUGAACGCCAGACGCGCCAUCACCGAGGCCGCGGGCUCCUGGCUGGACGGUUCGAGCUGCUCAUCGUCACAGUGCUUAGAACCGUUGGAACCUAGCGGAAAGGAGGUCGACAAAGAUAGAGCGGAUGAAUUUAUUCAGCCUGCAAAGUCGUAUCCGCCAGAGCUCGCGUCGCAAGCACCGGACUCGUCUACCCCGCCCUCUCCCCCACACAACAGAAAACCUGCCUACAGCUAUGCAACUUUAGUAACGUUCGCAAUUAAGAGUAGCGAGAAGAAAAAGAUGACACUGGCUGACAUUUAUACAUGGAUAACGGAUAACUUCCCGUACUAUAGAGUGGCAACCACGGGGUGGAAGAAUUCGGUUCGCCAUAAUUUGUCGUUAAACAAAUGCUUCCGGAAAGUUGCGCGUACAAAAGACGACCCUGGCAAAGGUUCGUACUGGGCUCUGGACCCUGAUUAUCCCCCUGAAGAUUCAUUCACUAAGAAGAAGAAGACUCCAGUCCAAAGAUAUCAUCCUUUCCACACACCGAUUAAUUCUACGGAUCGACUCGGGCCUUUGAGAUGUCUGUCGUUUCCCUCUUCCCCUGCCUCCGUUUCAGGGCGCACCUCUACACCCCUUAACAGCGUUUCUCCCAACGCAGCAGCCUUGGUGGUCGCGAGCCCGGGGAAUCCAGCCACACCACCUCAACCACUGAAACAUGGAGCUUCAGAUUAUUAUUUUGUAGAACAAACAACUUCAUUGCACAGUUCUCCCAACUCUCAAAAUAAUACUAAUUACAUUGAAGGUGCCAAUAAUGAAACAGUAGGACCUCGGCGAAUGAUGGACUGCAUUGACCAGAAUAGCACGUCAUUGACCGAACAUUGUACGCCAGAAAUUUCAAUAUCCUACGAUUCAUCCCGUGCAAGAAUCAAUGGAGACUAUGAAAACUGUGCCAUUCCGUGCUCCAGUAUACAGUUGCUCGAAAAUAGAACUACCUUGCUGAAAGCAAACACAGAUUCGCUAUCAAACGAGUCCCUUAACUUGAUAUACAACUCUCAGCAGCUGGAAGUUUCUGGCGCUUCACUACCUCCACUCUCCCCGGUUGCUUCAACACAACAGCCAAUCACGAGUAAUUCGCAAUUUACACAAGGCGAAAUGCUUCAGCAUCAAUUUGAAUCAGGACUAUACAAUGGUCAUGCAUACCAACAAUUUCAGCAGCAGCAAGUUGAGCUGCUUUAUAAACAACCAUUUAGUCAAGAACAAACUCAAAAUGAAACUUUCGAACAUCAUUCACAACAGCCCCCUGACCAUCUCCAGUGGCAUAUUUUAGAUCAACAGGAUCAGUUUAAAGAAACAGGCUUUGCUCAACACCUUAAUUCCGAUACAGCAAUGGUAGUAUCAGGCUCAGAAAUUCAAUUUAAAAACUCUGCGCUUGAGAACAUCUCUUUGAACGAUUUUCAACUCCUGAAUGACCUAAACCCCGAACUGCUGAACAAAUACGCGGAUCUUUAUCAUGGGCAAACUUCGAGCGACUCCCUGGGGACCGAAGAAUCUUUGCUCGCUGUACCUCCUAGUGUCGUCUUCAACCCUUCACCUCGCUCCUCUAUUAGUAAUGUUAUUAAGUCUACGAGCUGUAAUACGAGUGCAUCCGAUAAAAUUUCUCCACUACCGACUGAGUUAUCACAUGACAGGUGCGGUUUUAAACCGCCAUCUGAUGACAUCCACAAUUUCAAUCAAGUGUAUGAACGAUCAUCGGCAACUCCCGAUAGGAGCUCACCAAACCUACGGGGUAUAGAUCAAUUCCAAAACUCUGAAAGCCGCCUUAUUCAAUCAUCUCUCGCUAACGGUCCUCGGGUGACUACCUCCAAUGCUUCCUGCUCCAAUUCAGUGACCUCAAACACCAGCUUGUUUUCUUCAAUUGUUACAUCUGCGCAAAUCAAGAGCGAGUUGGACCCUGAUGAUUGUGAGAAUGAAAUUCUAAGUACAAUAGGCCAUAGUUCCGGAGGAACUGUUACCAUCGUAAAACGAAAGCCACAGCCUGCAACCAAUCUGCCUGAACCGUUGGCAAGGCUGUUGUCGCCGUUGACGCCACCUCGUGAAGACGAGUGGACAUGCGAUGACCCAACCAAAAGUGGUCUGAAACUUUCUCCAGACAGCAGUCAUUUGCCUGCGUGUUUUCCUCCCUCGGACGAUGAAGAGAUCACUGACGAUUUCAAUUGGGAUAAAUUGAUUGAUUGAUGACAGCAGUUGAAUUAUUAUUACAUAGAGGUCAGCGUACAGUGCAAAAUCAUUUUCGUUCAAGUUUAUAAAUACUUUCCCUACCAUCGGAAUAGAUCUGAUAACCGUUUGAUUUCGAGAAAAAUUAGUUAUACCUAAUAACUUCUAAAACUAUAUUUCUAGCGGUACGUCAUACCGAAAUCAACAGACGGUUGUUUAGCAAAUGGCAAAUUUUCAUCCUAAUGUACGGUUAAAAGCAAUUCAGCAUGCUGAAGGCAAUGUAGAGCCUUUAACUAAUUUCGUUUCUAUUAACAAUUCGAAGCGGAUUAAUGCGAGCAGUAUUCAUUUGAAGUUAGAAUUUGUUUUUAACCCGUUGGGCGGUUCGUCAAAAAGUCGGCAAUCUCUCAGUCUUAUAUUAGAUAUUGAAUUCUGUAUGAUCGUAUGUAAAUCGGCCUUCUCCACUUUGAAGGAUCUUCCUGUCUUUGACUCGAGGUAUUCACGUACCACACGUUAAUUGUUCACAGUUUUCAAAGAUGCACUUACUUCAAAUAAGAACUCGUAAGGCACUUACGUUCGAAAGUAUACUCGAUAGUUUAAUAUAAAUCCACUUAGAAUCAUAUCAAAAGCUUGUAUUGAAAGCGAUUAUUAUCCAAUAAUUUGGAUUCGAGUUACGACCCUCGUGUAUCUAUUAGAGUCCCAGAUUAUAUUUUUCGAUUGCGGAUAUCCUGAAUACUGAAGGAAAAGGAGUGUUGGCGUUAAUAACAGUUCAAUAAAUUUAAUUUUCCAACUUCCACAAGGACACUGUGGUCAUUAUCGGCUCAAAGCUCGAUUUAGGAGCUUUGAGUGAUCUCAGCGGCUACGGCUGCUGCAUGUAGUGCAUGCUGCAUGGGUUUUGUUGAACGGCUGAGAAUUAAACCGCAAAGUCUGAUAAAAACAAAACUCGAUCAGCUACAAGUAAUUCUUUCGAUUAUAACGGCUCGAAAGGUCUAUCUUUAGCGUGCUAGUUAGUGAAAAUGCUCAUUUUCAUCUAAAUAUUUUCCUUCCCGAACUGCGAACAUCGUGAAUUUUCUCGUGCAUUAUUUGGACACUUGUCAAGUUCUUGUGAAACCCAAAGCUUGGGAGUUUGACUUCAGGUGCAGUCGCGGUAUUAGCGCUAUCAUGCCGAAUGGCGUUCACCUCAGUGGCCUUAUUAGAGUGCACUUAAAUAUCAUAACAGUACAUACAGUACCUAGUGCCUUGUUCCUGAACAGGAUGAAGUAGCAGGUCAACAACAAAGGCUUUUAUACAGCCGAAACAAGUAAUGCUUAUGAGUAAACGUUAAACCCGAAAACGGCUAUGAUUCUAAUCCUCAAGAUUCUGGGUGCUCGAAUCCUCAAAAUGUAGUCUAAACCUAACUAAUCUACGGAGUCGCGUUCCACAGCACUGGAGCUAGCAGAAAGUUUCCAAGGCGACGAGUUCGGUCUCGAAGAGGCUCUCGUGUACCUAGAACCACU